AUGACUGGGCUUAAGAUUCAGAUUGUGUCCGAUCUCCAUUUCGAAUUGAUCCCAGAUAAUGCUCCGCAGAUUCCAGUCACCGCUCCGCACAUUGCCUUGUUGGGCGAUAUUGGACGAGGCAAUAGCAAGAAGUACGGUGAAUUCGUGAAGGAUCUAUCGACAAAGUAUACUACGGUUCUUCUCGUUUCCGGCAAUCAUGAAUAUUACAACGAUGAUUACAGUGCGGUCAACGAAACACUUGCGAAGCUCGCUGAUGUAUACCCUAAUGUGUCGUUCCUGAAUCGCACGGGCGUCGAGAUAGAUGGUAUCAAAGUCAUUGGUUGUACGCUCUGGAGUCGUGUCCCUCCUGCGUGUCAGCGUGUCGUUCAAGCGACGUUGAACGAUUAUCGGCUGAUUUUUACAGAAGACGUUUUCGGGAACCAGAGGCCCUUGACAGUAGACGACACGAACGAAUUCCAUGCAAUCGAUCGACGAUUCCUCGAGGACGAAAUCGAGAAGUCGCGCAAUGAUCGUCAGAGCACGUUGGUCCUGACGCAUCACGCACCGUCUAUGGUUGGGACAUCAAGCCCGCAGUUCGAAGGUUUGCCCACUAAUCACGGAUUUGCUACUGAUAUGAAGGAUCUCAUGGGCCCUCCGGUAGUUGCUUGGGCCUACGGGCACACGCACUUCAACGCCCCUUCAUCCCGAGGGUUGGAUGUUGGAGGAACCAUGCUCAUAUCAAAUCAGAAAGGCUACAGUCGAGAGAAGGUCGGGAGGCCGUUCGAUCCCGGCGGCGAGAUGGUCUGCGACAAGAAGUGCGGACGGCGCUGGUUCGGGUACGUCAAAGGGAAGGCGGAAUUCUGCCGCGGUCACAAGCGAGAUGACAUGGUUCUGGUCUACGGUCUGUGCACGACGGAGGGGUGUAUGACGCGAGCCUCUUUCGGCGCGGCGAAGAAGAAGACCCACUGCGGCGCUCAUGCGACGGACGACAUGCGCAGGGUGGAUCAGACGCGUUCGUGCCCUGCACCCGGUUGCAAGAAGGCGCCAACGCACAGCCUACCCGGCGAAGCAGCGUCGCACUGCGGGACUCAUGCAACGCAAGAAAUGACCAAGCGCUACACCACCAAGGACUGUCAGGCCCAAGGUUGUGAGAAAGAGGCUACUUUCGGAGCCCCCGGGGAGGGUGGGCGAUUCUGUGCGGCCCACAAGACUGCCGGAAUGGCGCCUACGAAGGGCUUAAAGUGCGAGGUAUGCGACAAGCGGGCGAGUUUCGGUGGCACAGGUCAAAAAGCAUCCCGCUGCAAGGAACAUAAGACAGACGGCAUGGUGAACGUUAAUUACGCGACGUGCACCACGGUGGGUUGUGCUAAAGGCAGGUCACACGGUCCUAAGGGGGGCGAGCCGUUGUUCUGCAGCGCACAUGCGGGGCUGGAUAUGGUCAACCUCAGGGAGAAGCUGUGUGCGGCGGAGGGUUGCUCUGUGGAGCCGGUUUUCGGGUUUCCAGAGGGUGAGCGCACGGUGUGCAAGAAGCACAAAGACGAGGGCAUGGUGAAUCUCAAGAAGAAGUGCUGUGCGGCGGACGGCUGCACACUGACGGCGACAUUCGGACCGCCUGGCGGAACAGCUCGAUGGUGCCUAGCGCAUUCAGAUACUAGUAUGGAGAAUCUCAGAAGUAAGAAGUGCGAGUACGAUGGGUGUACACAUCAGGCUGCAUACGGUCUUCCUGGAACGUCACCGACGCGGUGCGGGAUGCAUAUGCAGAGCGGUUUCUUGAACCGGUGUCUGAAUCCAUGUGCCUCGUGCGGCUUGAUGUAUCAGAUUCCGAAGAAUAGUCUCUGCAUGUACUGCGAGCCCGAGAGCAAGCUCCGGUCGGAGACGAGGGAAGCCGUCGUGGCGGAGUUUCUCGAGGGGACGUUCCCCGACACGCCGUACAGACGCAACCAACGGCUUCCGGAUAGGUUCUGUGUCGAUGACCGUCAUCGACCCGACUUCCUUUUCGACAUGGGCACGCAUCUGGUCGUCUUGGAGGUCGACCAGAAUCAACACAAGAGCUACGCGGAGGAGUGCGAGCUGGUCAGGAUGCACGCGAUCGUCGAGACGAGCGGAAUGCCCGUGCGCUUUAUUCGCUACAAUCCGGAUGGCUUCAAGAUGAAGGGACGCGAGAAGGAGGUGGCGCGAGAGGAGAGACACGGGGUUCUUGCACGAGAGCUGAAGAGUGCAUUCGAGGAUACGGAUGAGACCAAUAGGAUGAGCGUCAAGAAUCUGUUCUACGAUACGCGCACUGUUGAUGCAUACGUUCAGGAUGUGUCGGAGGAAGUAGGCACGACUAUAGACAAUAUGAUCAAAUGUGGUGUCAUCACGCUAGCACGAGCUUAG